CUGUAUUCAUUUCAGCUAUUUCGUGCUCUAGCCUACAUUCAUGGAAUCGGUAUUUGUCAUCGUGAUAUUAAGCCGCAGAACCUACUCAUUGAUCCUGAAUCGGGAAUUCUCAAAUUGUGCGAUUUUGGCUCAGCGAAGUACCUAGUCAAGGGGGAGCCAAAUGUGUCAUACAUAUGCUCUCGGUAUUAUCGUGCUCCGGAACUUAUAUUUGGUGCUACCAACUACACAAACUCAAUCGAUGUUUGGUCAGCAGGCACGGUAAUGGCUGAACUUUUACUCGGACAGCCGAUUUUCCCUGGUGAUUCGGGUGUCGACCAGCUUGUUGAAAUUAUAAAGGUACUCGGUACGCCGACUAAGGAGCAAAUUCAAAGUAUGAACCCCAACUACAAGGAGUUCAAGUUCCCGCAAAUUAAAGCUCAUCCAUGGGCAAAGGUGUUCCGUGCAAGUACUCCACAAGAAGCUAUCGAUCUAAUCUCAACUAUCAUCGAAUACACCCCGAGUGCCAGGCCGACACCACAACAAGCAUGUUUACAUGCAUUCUUCGACGAGCUGCGGAUGUCCGAAACGAAGCUACCGUCUGGUCGGCCACUACCUCCCUUAGAAAUGGAUGGCGGCGAUGAUAAUCGUGGAGGACAUGGUGGACAUGAUGCUUCAAAUGAUAGCUGA